CCAACAGGUGUACUUCCGGUGUGGAUUUCAACUUCCGGUCUUUUAGGUCAAAGGUCAAAUGUUUAGUUGCGCAAGUGGGUCUCGUCUGUUGGAUGUUUUUCACCAAAUGUGAUCGCAGAAAGCCUUAACAACAACGAUGUGGUACAUUAUAAGACGUUCUAGUGUGCAAGGGUUGAGAAGAGCGCAUCGUGCACUGAGUUAUGUACAGGGACAAGCCCCGGAACCGAAAGUUCGGGAGUAUUUCUACUACAUCGACCACCAGGGACAGUUGUUCAUGGACGACACCAGAAUCAAGAACUUCGUCACUUGUUUCAAAGAUAAGAAGUUCUUGGAAUUCUUCUUCAAGAGACUGAAGAUCAACGACAUGACCAGGUACUCGGAAGACUUCCCCUACCUCUCUCCUUGCGGUAGAGAGCGCAACUUCAUACGCUGCGACGACCGUCCUAUCGUGUUCUCCCACAUCUUGGAACCGACGGACUCAGAUGACACCACAGGGCCUGUGCUGUCGUACAACGGUGGAGGGGAUAAACUGACUUUUCCCUUUUCCCCAGACAAACUGUGCAUGUUACCACGUAGCGGCCGUGUGUACCACCCGGCACCUGCGAAGGUUGGAGGGGUGGGGUUGGUCAAGUCCAGCCUGGCUAUAGAGCUGAGUAGAGACUUCAGGUUCGGAGAUGAGGGGGAGUACGCCCCACCGGUGGGGUUUCUAUGGAGGGGGCAGGAGGUCCAGCUGACUAAUGAGCUGUGGGAUCUCAUGACUGACGAAGAGAAAAAGGAACUGAGAGCAACUUGAGAAGUUGAAAAAGUGUUUGGACAAGCCAUUCUGUGGCCAUCUGAGACCUCUGCAAAGAUACAACAUCUGUCGUAAAUUCUCCAGUAGAAAUUAGAUGCAAACUCAAAACAGCUUCCUGUUAGAAAUUUGAACAGUGGCAAUAAAAAGAUUAAUAAAGGUUUCCAAGUAUCAUCAUACAAUGUCUUGAUUGAUGUGAGCCUGCCGAUGUAUUCAGUCAUGAUUGUAUUCCUAAAUAGUUUGAGGCCAGAUGCAUGGUUUGCAACACAUUGUACUGCAGCCUCUGGUAUAGUAAAAGCAUUCUUGAACAG